AUUUCACCUCCAUAGUCAGGUAACCUUGGAUCUUAUAUCCCUGACAAAUUUCCUGUGGUUAUUCAAUACUUUCGAGUAACCAUUAACAACGUCACCUGACCUCGCGUCGCGUUGUCCAGCUCCGUCGGCCAGUUUUCUUUAAGCGUUUGAUCGGACAAAGUCGACUGCCCAGUGCUCGACAAGCACAAUUGCUUUUCUGUUCCAACCCCUACGCCGAAAAGAUUCGUCCUUCCGCAGUCCGUCGCCGUGAUCGCAUACCGUAGCUAGUAUUUUGCCCAUCGGCUACAGAGACCGACUUCACGAUCUUGGCUUUCUCGAUUAUAUUUUAUACAGCACCACAUUCCUAUCUCCUAGAAUAUUAGCUUCAACUUGACCACGGAACAUCUGACCACAAUGACGAACCAGCGCGCCUCGAAGAGAAGAAGGGUCUCCGAUGUGGAUGAAGAGGGGGAUACAGAGAUGCGCGACUCCAAUGACUUCCCUUUGUCACCGUCAGUGAAAGAUGAAGGAUCUGACGACGACGCAUUUACCCCGACUACCCCGACAAGAUCCACGCACCGGCGAGCAUCGCGACCAAGCCAGAAGGUAGAACAGGAUAAUGAAGGCGAAGUAAAUACCGAGGCACCUGCCAAGGCUGGGCUACGGACGAGUGGAAGGCAACGGAAGCCGCCGCAGAGGUUCGAGCAAGAAUUGAAGACUGCACCCUCGGCGAGUAAGACGGCCAGGACGCCUAGGAGUACUGCGCGCACCCCGAGAAGCACGCGAAAGACCAGACAGGCAUCUGAAGUGGAGGAAGAGGAUGAAGAGGAAAAGGAAGGGGAAGAGCAAUCGCCGGAGCCGCAUCCGACUUCGCUGGCGAGGACAAGGUCGAAGCGAGCCACUGUGAACUACGAUGAGGAUCAAGAUGAGGGACGAGAAAACACGGGACGAUCUGGCUCGUCAGAUGAGGGCGACCAAGAUGGGAUUGACGAUUUGGUUGCGAUGCAGCUACAGCAAGACCUCCAUCCCGAACAGGGCGGUAAAGACGAUGCGCUGCCACCAACAGAACCGCUGCCUGACUACGCUGCGGAUUUUCAAGCUCUGGCCCAGAGUGACAACUUUCAAAACGAGCUCAAGGUGCUGACACAGGUUGUAAUUGAAAAGCUCAAUGGGAAAAGACCAGUUCCUUUGAAGGGGCUGGAGAGCGAGUAUCAGAAGGUCUACCACCUCGUUGAGCAGACGGUUACUUCUGGCGAAGGUAACUCGAUGUUGCUUCUUGGAUCUCGAGGCUGUGGAAAGACGGCUAUAGUUGAGACUGUACUCUCAACCUUAGCAAGGGAACACGCGAAUGAUUUCCAUGUGGUCCGUCUCAAUGGCUUCCUUCACACUGAUGACCGACUGGCGCUCCGUGAAAUGUGGCGCCAACUCGGCCGUGAAAUGAAUACAGAGGAGGAAGCCGGCAAGAUUGGCAACUACGCUGACACGAUGGCUACAUUACUGGCCUUGCUGUCUCACCCAGAGGAGUUGUUUGGCCCGGGUCAAACAGACGGUGUGACUGCUGCCAAGUCAAUUGUGAUUUUGCUGGACGAGUUUGACCUAUUCGUAUCGCACCCGCGGCAGACAUUGCUCUACAAUCUGUUUGACAUUGCGCAGGCACGAAAGGCUCCAGUCGCGGUGAUAGGACUUACCACCAAGGUCGACGUGACGGAGAUGUUGGAGAAGCGUGUCAAGAGUCGAUUCAGUCAUCGAUACGUUUUUGUCCCGCUGCCUAGGAGCUAUGAGACGUUUUCGGAGAUCUGCUUUGCUGGGUUGAAUCUCGAGGAUGGUGAAUUGGCGGGAUAUUAUAGAACUGGUGCCAAAGCUGAGCGUUGGGGGAAGCUCCUCGAGGGCUGGGAAGCAUAUCUAGAGGCCCUAUGGAACGACGCAAACUUCUGUCCCCAUUUGAUGAGAAUAUACAACCAAACCAAAUCCGUCAAAGAAUUCUUCACCAGCGCAUUACUCGCCAUAACCGAACUCCACCACAGUGCCUACACCAGCCCACCAGAAGACCUCACAAUUCCAACGCCCAAAACCUUCGCCAACGAACCCCUCACCUGUCCCGAUCCUGCACCCCUCCCCUUCCAGCCUUCCACAUCCGUCUCCUCCAGUCCAUCCUCCCUCCCCCUCUCCCUCCUCCUGGCCGCAACCCGCCUAACAGCCCUAUACGACCCAGGCAACGACGCCGCGGCCCAACUGCAGAGCCUCGCCCCACUCGCCCUAUCCUUCCCAGCUGCGUAUGCGGAAUACGUCCGGCUCCUGACAUCAGCCAAGGUCUCUGCGUCAGUGUCUGGAGCUACUGCUACGGCCGGACGGGUCUGGGGCCGGGACGUGGCCCGUGAGGCGUGGGAGAAGCUCGUGAGUUGGGGACUGGUGAAUCCGGUUGGUGGGGGGAGUGGGACGGCUGAUGGACGGAUGUUUCGGGUGGAGGUUAGUUUUGAGGAGGUGGUUGAGAUGGCUGGGUCUGGGGGUCCGUUGGGGAGAUGGUGGAGGGAUGCUUAGUGUACUUUAUUGGUGGUGGUAAGAUGGUGUAUCCGUAUAGGUAUUGGGGUAGGUACUAUAUGUGAAACGCUCGGUUUCCUUUGUUUUUUUGUACUACGUGUUACUAGGCUGAGAAGUCGUCAUGUGAUGUUUCUGCUAGACAUGUCUAGACAUUCUUAUUUUUAAGUCUCAACC